AUGGAGCUAUACCUAGGUAGCCUUCCGUCUUUAGAGGUUCUCAGCCUGCCCUUUAAUAAAUUUCAUGGUGAUAUAACUAACAAUUUAUCAAAGAUUGCAACAUCUCCUUUUUCAAAUCUACAAAUUCUCCACCUUUCAAACAAUAACUUUUGUGGUAAGUUGCCAUUCAUGUACAUCAAACAAUUUCGUUCCAUGAUGGAUAUCGACAUGUCUACUAUAGGAAGUCCAAGGUACUUAGAAAAUAAAUUUUGUAAUUAUAUGUACUCCAUCAAGAUGAUAGUAAAGGGGAAGCAACUGGAUUAUACGAAGAUAAUUACUUCUAUGUCAACAUUUGAUAUGUCUAAUAAUCACUUUGAAGGAGAGAUUCCAAAUUCUAUAGGGAUGUUGCGAGCACUUCGAAAUCUUAAUCUCUCGCAUAACCUACUUACCGGAAACAUCCCUCCAUCCAUCGGGAACUUAUCAUUUUUGGAUGGUUUAGACCUAUCAUCAAAUAGGCUUAUUGAAGAAAUCCCUCAAGAACUUGUUAUUUUAACAUUUCUCGAGGUUUUUAAUGUUUCAUAUAAUCAACUGGAAAGGCCUAUACCCCAUGGUAACAAUUUUGAUACCUUCUCAUCUAAUUCGUACGAGGGAAAUCUUGAAUUGUGUGGAGCACCAUUACUUGAAUGCAAAAACAAUACUAUUGUGCAAUCUUUGAACAAUGAUAAUGUGGAAGAAAAAACAGAAUUAUCGAUGUGGGAAGUUGUAGUGAUUGGAUUUGGAAGUGGUACAAUAGUUGGUUUGGCUUGGGGGUACUACAUAUUGUCAGUGGGGAAGCCUUUUUGGCUUUUUAAAUUGUUGAACAAGAUGGAAUGA